GUGUUGCUGGUGUACAAUCUGUAAGGACCCAUUCAGACCACGUUGGUUGGAUGUUUACAGCUGCGCUUAAUUCUUGCCAAGAAUUUGGGUCUUCCUCCCUGAAAACGAUUGUUGAGAAACGAAUCAAUGCAAUCCGACAAACGAAGAAUAACGCAUAGUAGUGAACAGGAAGCUUUCACUGGACAACCGAAAACCUUUUGCAAUGAGCUCCCUGAUCAUUCAAUAAGUCUAAUCACUCCCCAUGUUCAGUUAGCUAACUAGCUUACACUGAGUUGAACAUUUUGGUUGUGUUCCAUAUAUUAACUAGUUAGCUAUGACAUCCUCCAUGAUAGUCCCUGUUAUUGAUGUGCAAAAUGAUAAUUUCAAAGAACUGUGGCCUGCUAUGGUCCUUGCAAUCAAGACAGCCUCCUUCAUUGCACUGGAUACAGAAUUGAGUGGGCUUGGAAGCAGAAAAGCUCUGCUGGCAGAAUGCAUAGAGGACCGUUACAAAGCCAUAUGUAAUGCAGCUCGCACACGCUCCAUUCUCUCCCUUGGGUUUGCUUGCUUUAAGAAACUUGAAAACAAGGAUGAUGAUACGUACCUUGUUCAGGUGUACAACCUGACAUUGCUCUGCAGUGAGGAGUAUGUAAUUGAACCACAAUCUGUGCAGUUCCUGGUGCAACAUGGAUUUGACUUCAACAAACAAUAUGCUGAGGGUGUCCCUUAUCUCAAGGGCAAUGACAAGGGAGGGGAUUCCCAUGGAAUAAACAUGCGGAUGCUGUUUGUGGAACUCCUGCGUGCUCGCAAGCCAUUGGUUCUACACAAUGGUUUGAUCGACAUGGUGUUCCUGUAUCAGUGCUUCUAUGCCCACCUGCCAGAUAAACUUGGCACUUUCACUGCUGACCUGUCCCAGAUGUUCCCAGCUGGGAUAUAUGACACCAAGUACGCCACAGAGUAUGAGCUGCGCUUUGCUGCCUCUUACCUGGAGUAUGCCUACAAGAAAUGUAAAUUGGACAACAGCAAGUCUCUUGAGGUUGGUGGUAAUGGGCACCAUCUGUUCCUGGAGUUCUGCAAAUACUCAGGCCACCUGUCCAGCUAUGUGGACUUCAGGCCCUGCCUGGCCGGGUCUAGCCUGGAGGGACCGCUGAAUGUCUGCCAGCGUUUCUCUGCUUACGGUUGGUGCCCCAAUGGGUCACAGUGUCCCUUGUCACAUGACACUGACCUCAUCAUCCAGCACGAUGAAAAAAACAAGGUGGAAAAGAAAAAGAAACGGAAGAGGAAAAGAAAAAACUCUUCUCAGGGAAACGUGGACUUUGAAGGUGCCUCCGAGAAUAAGCAGGCCCAUAUGGAGCUGGAGGAUGGAGAGCAGGGCCCGGACCAGGUGAUCCCUGACACAGACAGCAAACCUCCCCCUGCUACAGAGCAGGUAGAUGGGACUCCGGUACAGGGGUCAGAGAGCGGUGAGAAAAUGAUAACCGAGAAGGUAGAGGAAGGCAACGGAGUCGCAGAGCCACAGGCUGUGUCUGCAGAUGAAGAAAUUAAGACUGACAAAGAAAAGGUGGAAGGCAAUGAUGUGUCAGAGCCACAGCCUCUGGCCACAUCUGAUGCAGCGAAGAAAGAAAAGUCCAAGAGGAAGAAGCUGGAAGGAGGUUCCCACCGGGCAGGGUUCGAUGCAUUCAUGACCGGCUACAUCUUCUCCUACGCCGCCACUCUGACAGAGAGAGUAGGUGAGCCACCGUGUUCAGAGUCCUGGCUCCCUGAGUGCCUGAACAAAGUUUACCUCAGUGGCAAAUGUGUCCCGAUGCAUAUUGUCAAGAGCACCUUCUCCAAGUCCUCCAAGGCUCACAUGCACAAGAUGGACAUUGUGUGGGGAAAAAGCUUUUCUAGCAGUGCAGAGGGAACUAUAUAAACAUUCAAUGGAACCAAAUGUAUUCCUCGUUUAUAAUAAAGCCUUUUUAGUUAGACAUGCUUUGUUGCACAUCUUAAAUCUUUGUUGAUACAGUAUUAUGUUUCAAUAAAAAGGCUUUUCCUUGGUUAUAUGACAAA